AUGACCGCCAACAGCACCCACACUGACGAGCUCGCAAUCGACUGUCGCGACCUCACUUUCUUCUUUAACCCCAACGACGCCGAGCCCGUCCUUUCUGGUGUCAACAUCCAGCUCGAGCGCGGAGAUUGCUGUCUUCUCGUCGGCGCCAACGGAGCCGGCAAGUCGACACUCCUCCGUAUCCUAGCCGGCAAGCGGCUGACCAAGACGCGCAACUGCCGUAUCCUGGGUCAGGAUGUCUUCAUGAAUCCGCCUGGUGGCGUCGUCUACCUCGGUACCGAGUGGUGCAUGAACCCCGUCGUGCGCUCGGACAUUGUCGUGUCCCACUUUCUCGACUCGGUCGGAGGAUGGCGCCACCGCGCGCGUCGCGAUCGCCUCCUUGAGAUCCUCGAUGUCGACCUCGACUGGCGGAUGCACCAGAUCUCGGACGGCGAGCGCCGCCGUGUCCAGCUCUGCAUGGGCCUCAUGACGGAAUGGGAUGUGCUGCUGCUCGACGAGGUGACUGUCGACCUGGAUGUGCUCGUGCGUGCCGAUCUUGUCAAUUUCCUCGCGUCCGAGGCCAAGGACCGUGGCGCGACGAUCCUCUACGCGACCCACAUUUUCGACGGCCUCGGCUCGUUCCCGAACAAGAUCGUGCACAUCCAACUCGGAGCUACACCCAAGCCGACGAUUGAAUGGGGGCCCGGCAGCGGUGACCUGUUCAACGUCGCGCUGGGUUGGCUGCGCGAGGACCGUGAGCUGCGCCGUGAGAAGGAGGCCGCACGCGGGAGAGUCCGCGGCCCCAAGGGCGACGUGAGUUGCCUCUCUGCGCGAGGUUGCCCAAUGCUGACAUCAGACUCGCGAUGCAAGGACGUUCUUCGACAAGUACGACUACUCCCACUAGAAACUAGACUACUCGUGAGUGCCAGUGUCGGUUGCGUUGGGAUUGCCCCGAUCUCUCCUCUCUUCCUCCCUUCCCCCUUCCCCUCCACACACCCGGUGACGAUAAUACUGGUAAUCCGGACUCACCCCGCUCAAAGAGUACACCGCGGGCUAUAUGCUGCGCGGUGGGGAGAGCAUGGGGAUGUAAAGGCGAGUCUGAGGGUGUCGUUGGCUGUUUUGAUUUGCGUGAGGUAG